AUGUAUUUUUAUUCAUGGUCAACUGAUAAAAUUAUUCGUAUUAUUAUAUUAUUAAUAAUAAUGUUUAUAACUUUAAUUGGUAAUAGUUAUAUUAUAUAUGAAUUAUUUUAUCAUCAUCGACAUCGAACACGUUUACAUUUAUUUAUACUUAAUUUAGCUAUUGGUGAUUUAACAAUAUGUUUAUGUACAAUGACAUCAGAAUUAUUUCUUUUAAUAUUUGAUCAACAAUGGAUUUUAGGAAAUUUUGCUUGUAAAUUAACACUUUAUAUUCAAGUUGUUACACUUGCUUCAACAACAUUUAUUAAUGUUGCAAUGACAUAUGAUCGGUAA